AUGGCUUUCCAUUUGAAAGGUGUAAAAAAGUCUACAUUGAUAGAUGAGAUGAAGAAAGCAUUAUGUGAGUACAAAAAUGAGCAUCCCUCUUCAAGUCAAAAAGAUUUGCAACAGUGGGUUCAACGAACAUUUGAUCUCUCUGUUAACCAAUCAACAAUAUCAAAUACUCUUAAAAAGUUAUCUGAAUAUUUGUCAAAAGAGAUAAAGAAUAGCAAUGUUAAAAGGCACAAAUCAGCCAAAUAUCUCGAAUUAGAGAAGGUAUCGUAUGAGUGGUUUUUCCAAUAUCAAGAGAAGGUAAUCAUGACUGAAGAAAUUAAUCAAACUAAAGCAAAAGAGUUUCUGCAGAAAAUAUAUGGUGAUGCAAACUCUGAAUUUAACUUCUCAAUUGGUUUGCUAGAAUGGUUCAAGGCAAGACAUGAGAUUAAGUCUUAUAGAAGAUUUGGUGAAAGUGGUUCAGUUGUUAUGGAGAAUAUGGAAGAUGCUUUACCUCAAAUAAGAGCUAAAUUGGAAAAUUUUGAUUGGAAGGAUAUCUAUAAUAUGGAUGAAACGAACUUAUUUUAUCGUUUGAUUGUUGCAAAUUGUUUCCGACAUUGCAAAAUUCGAUCCGAGGAGGAUAUGCCUCUCAAAGAAGAAAUUGGUGAUGUUGAAGGCAUUCAUAAAUUAAAAGAAGUAAUUUCUUAUUUAUACUAUAGAAAUGACAUGGAUGUUGAGCAUAUUUUGAAUUAUCCAAGUGAAAAUAAAUUUUUGAUGGAGUCACCUACGUAUGAAGAAAUUAUUCAAGGCGUAAUAGACGUGUCAGCUGAUGACAAGCAAGAUCCAGAUGAUAGUAGUGUUUCAUCACAUGUUUCCCCAAAAAAGGCUUUUCUAGUUGUGGAUACCUUGUAG